AUGCUCCAAUCUGAGCAACAAAACGUUGGCUUAGCCAUUUUGAAACUAGACGGUAGAGCCAGAGAAUGGGCUCUGACUUGUGAUGCGUCGGUAGAAGCUGCGUUUCCCACGUGGGAUUCGCUUGAUAAACGAGAGAUGGCUCGGGUGUUCACACUACCAAUUCAAGCGUACCGUGUACGCUCCCGAUUCCUUGCCACCAGGCAGGGAAAGAAAGAAUUAUCGGACUUUGUCCAGGGCUUGCGAACUCUCAUAGCUGCCAUGCAUCUGGAACCUCUUCCAGAGCAAGUACGUGUCACCAUUUUUAUGGAAGGAAUUCGUACUGCGGUCGCGAGGGCGGAAGUAUUCCGCGUCUACCCCUCAGCGAUUGAGGGGGCUGUAGACCUAGCGUUGACCGGGGAGGCCAACUUUAAAGCCGCUCGCUAUGGCACGCAUGGGCAUGCCCGAAAACCGUUUGACGGGGCUGUGUCCAUGAACAUCAGCCAUGCCGAAGAAGAAGAAGUCGAGCCUUAA